AUGUAUGAUCAAUGGUCUUUCAAAUUACUCAAUACUAUUGGGCUCCUCGUUCACCUGUUUCUGAUAGACAUCCCCAAAGACUUGAAAAGGUGGUUGACGUUGAAGCAAAAGGAUGUUACCGGUAAAGUGAUAGUGAUGACUGGGGGAGCUUCCGGACUGGGCAGAAAAAUGGCGCAAAUCUUCGCCAUUGAGAAGCAAGCAAAGCUUAUCAUUAUGGAUAUCAAUUUUGUUAGUUCAACUAUCUUUCUGAGAAGGCUCAUUUUGCAGGAAGGCGCUGAAGAAACGGUGUCUUCGAUCGUAAACGAAGGUGGACAAGCUGAAGCCUAUAGAUGUGACAUCCGAAAAGAAGAUGAGUUGGAAAAAAUAGCGUCAGAGAUUCACGGCAAAUACGGUCAGCGAAAGAUUUUAUUAUUUGGAAAAAUCAAACGAAUUCUAUCUUACAAGCGUCGGCCGUGCGCAAGAAUGCCUGCCUUCAGUUCUUGA